AAAAUAAUAAUAUUAAAAUUAAAAAGAAUUGACAUAAAAUAUAAUGUCGAAUGAUAGAAAGAAGUCAAUUACAAAUAAUUUAUAAAUACAAAUUAAUUAAAUAAUUCCAUUACCUCAAAUACCAAAAAUCAAAUAGAAUAUAAUAGAGGCUAGACAAAAAUAUAAUCCUGGAGCAAUACCUCCAAAUUUUGAAAUAGCAAAAAAGCAUGAACUUUCGUCAAUUGUAGGAAAAAAUGACGAAACUGCAAAAAGAGAAACAUGCAUUUGUUGUAAUUAAAGCAUUAACAAGAUUUAACUCCCAUUAUUUUCAAGUAUGAAUAAUCUUGCUUAUUUAGGUCCUGGAUAUCCUUUAUAUUUUAGUUUUUUAAUAUUUUGCAUUAUAACCUGUUUAAUAAUAAUUCUAAUAUCUGGAGGGUAUAAUAUAUACACAAACUAUGUAAAUGGAUCAUUUUGUAAAAGUACUUAAGGUGUAUUUUGUAAUGAAGAUUGGAUUACUAUAUUUUCUGUUGGAAAUAAAAAAGGUUUAAAUUAUUAAAUAAAAAUUCAAAAUUAUUUAAAUUUGGGUACCGUAGUAGCUUUGGUUAUAAUUUUUUAAUUUUUUAGACGAAAAAUUCGAGUUUCUGAAAAUGUUUGUGAUUAACUGGAUUUUUCUGCUUCUGAUUAUACUAUUCUAUUAAAAAAUAUCAAAAUAACUCAGAAUUUCAACAAAGAAGAAUUUAUAGAAUUUCUCAGUACCAAUUUAUUAAGUGGUUAAAAGGUUGAAAUAAUUAAAACAAAUUUUACAUUUAAUCUUAGUGAGGCAUUAGAAUAAUAAAAAUAAAAAGAUUUUUUCAUUAAAAAAUAAUAAAAAGCGAUUAUUUAAAGAUAUACAACAGGAUUUUACCAAGAAAAUGUCAAUAUCAUUCAAUUAAAUGAAUAAAUAGCCAAUAUUUAGGCAAAAGUAGAUUUUAUUUUGAAUAAAUUUUAAGAUGCAAAUUCUUCCGAGUUUCUUUCUUAGUAUUUUACUGGGUGGAUUUUUAUUACAUUGAACGAUUCUAAAAAUAAAUAUGAUAUAAUAAGAGCUUAUGCGAAAUUAGGUGGGUUUUUCGAGAUUAAACCGAAACUUAAUUUUAAAGGAGAUAAAAUCGAAAUAGAAAAUCCACCAGCUCCAACGGAUGUAUAUUGGAUGAAUUUACAUAAGAAAGGGUAAAUUUGGAAAGAAUUAUGUGGGUAUUUACUUAUUUGUGCACAAAAUGCUGCAUUUUUUUUCUUCUUAAAAUAUUUGUUGGAAUCUUAAUAAGAAAUAAAAAAAAAAAAAAAUUAGUAUAUUAUAGAUUUCGAGAUUAUAAUGUGGUUGUAUUCAUUUACUAUAUCUAUUGUAAUUACUUUUAUUUCGAUUUUUUUUUAAAUUUAAGGUAUUUAUUUGACUCAAUGGGAGGGUUAAAAAACUAAAGGAUAUUAUAAUUCUAGUGCCAUAAAAAAAAUUGCUUUUGCAUAAAUUUGCUUGAAUAUUUUUUUACUUUUUUUUAAUUAGUUGUUUAUGGUUAAUCCUGAUGAUGAUAAAUUUGUGAAAGUUUUUGGUUAGGGUGGACUUGUGUAUAAUAUUUAAUUUGUUUUUAUUAUGAAUGCCGUCAUUCCAUUUAUUUUAGAAGUUAUUAAUAUUAAAGGUAUUAUUUAAAUUGUUAGAAAAUGGAUGAUUAUUAGAAAAUAUUAAAAAACCUCCUUAUGUUUUUUAACAUAAGAAUAAUUAAAUAAUGCAUUUUGUAAACCAGAAUUCAUGUAUAUUAAUAGAUAUACUACUAUUCUUAAAAGUAUGUAUAUGAUGGCGUUUUAUUCAUCUAUUUUACCUAUGUGUAUAUUAUGGACAUUAGCUACUUUAUUUUUGGCUUAUUUAAUUGAUAAAUAUAAUAUUUUAAGAAGAAGAAUUAUCAAAUAUAAUAUGGGCACCGAACUACCUACAGAAAUGACAGAAAUGUUAGAAUAUGUAUUAGUUAUUUAUUGUGGGGGAAAUAUACUUUUUUCUGAUUAUGUUUUUGAAAAACCUAAUAUAUAAAUUAGUAAUUUUGAUUCUUAUGUUUCUUAUUUAGCCAUGGGAAUUGCAUUUUUAAAUGCUAUUUUACCUAUGAAUUUUAUUAAUAAGAAAAUAUUUAAAGUAAAGCCUGUUUCUCCUAAUUUUGAAUCUUUUCAAUAAAUAUAAAAAAAACUUUUUAUUGAUUAUGAUAGAGAAAAUCCAGCAACUUAAACUUAUGCAACUUAAGCAUUUUAAAAAAUAAUUGAGGAAACUUAUGAAAAAUCAAAUUAAAUUGCAAAAGUUGAUAAAGACGUUAAGGACGAUAAGGAUAUUAAGGACGAUAAGGAUAUUAAGGAUAUUAAGGAUAUUAAGGAUGUUAAGGAUAUUAAGGAUGUUAAGGACGUUAAGGACGUUAAGGACGUUAAGGACGUUAAGGACGUUAAGGACGUUAAGGACGUUAAGGACGUUAAGGACGUUAAGGACGUUAAGGACGUUAAGGACGUUAAGGACGUUAAGGACGUUAAGGACGUUGAAAAUUAAGAAUUAAAAUCCUUAAAUUAAAUUAAUAUCGAAUGA